GGAGAGAGAGACCUCGCCGCCCUGAGAGAGGGACCCCCAGGCCCCCCACCCCAAUCCUGAAAUUCCAUGAGGUUGCUCUGCUGAAGGGAUGAGGGGGCUGUACCUGCUCGUGGUGGCUCUUUCCACCGUGGCGCCCGGACAAGGGAUGAGCCGGAAAGCGGGAGGAGACCGGAUGCGUGAGGACACCCCAAAUUUCAGCUCUUCCACCGCUCCCGCAGAGCCAACAGAAUCUCCCAGUAUUCCAAGCAGGAAUGCCUUGGUGACACCAGAUCCUGGAGCACUCCGCUUGGCCGGUGGCAGGAGCCGGUGCGAGGGCCGCGUGGAGCUGGAAAAACAGGGAAUAUGGGGGACAGUGUGCGACGAUGGAUGGGACAUUUCCGACGCUGACGUCGUGUGCCGGCAGCUCCGGUGUGGCCACGCUGUGAGCGUCCGUGGGAAUUCCGCCUUUGGCCAUGGGCACGGCCCCAUCCUCCGGGACGAGCUGGGAUGCCAAGGGCAUGAGAGGCAUCUCUGGGAAUGUCCGGCCGCUCUGGAGCACGACUGCAGCCACAAGGAAGACGCUGGCGUGGUUUGCUCAGAACACCAGGAGUGGCGACUCUCCGGAGGCUGGGAUGGCUGUGCUGGCAGGCUGGAGGUGUUUUUCCGUGGCACUUGGAGCACGGUGUGCGACAGCACCUGGUACGGGCCAGAAUCGGCGGUGCUGUGCCACAGUCUGGGAUGCGGGAUACCGCUCCAGAAACUCUCCUUCAGACACACGCUUCCCGGGAAGAUGCUGUAUGAGUGCGGGAGCCUCCAGACUUCCCUGGCGUUCUGCCGCUGGACCUUCAACAGAUCCGCUCCCUGCCACCAAUCCCGGGCUGUCGGGGUGGUCUGCAAUGGCUCCCAGGGUUUGCUGGAUCCAACACCCAUGGCUGCAGUGACAACCAGGAAUGUCACUGUCCUGCGGGUGGAGGAAGGGUCUCCAAUUGUAGGGACACAAUUCCCGUGGGAUAGUCUCCUCUUCAUCCUGUGCCUGGUGCUGGGAAUGCUGCUCCUGCUCUCCGUGCUGGCCUUUUCCGUCGCUCUGCUGAGGCUGAGGAAGAGGAGCGCCCUGGGAAUAACCACUCCAGUCCUGGUGACCCAUAGCUCCCAGAGCCCUGAUGUACCCUCCGGGAUUCCUAAUGACUACAGGGAGAUUCCCACCAGCCUUCCCAAAGGAUCAGCCUUUUCCAAGGAUUCCACCUCCGAUUCUGACUCGGAAUACUACGAGUUCAGCAGCAAACCGCCUGUUGCCCUCUCCACCUUCUACAACUCGCUGCGCCGGCAUCCUAGGGAGCAGCUGCUCCCACCGAGGCCCAGCCAGGACGGGAUGGAGCCAUUCCCUGAGGAUGUUUCCCCAGCAGCUCCCAGCAUUCCCACCCCAGUGGCCUUCCAGCCCUGGGUACCUCUGUGUCCAGUAGAUCCCGAUCCCGCCAGCAGCUCCAGCACCUCCUCAGGGGAGUGGUACGAGAAUGUUCCAGGCACAGAGCCCUCUGGAGACCCUUCCCAACAUCCUGGCUGGACGGAUCCCUCGGGACAGGAUCCUGAUUUCUCUGAGGGCAGUGACUACGAUGACAUCCAGGGAGCCUCCUACUGAGCCUUUCCCGCUGCUCCA